CGGUCUUCCAUUGAUCACCGCUAUCCCCGCCCAACUAGUCAGUACACGAUGCGCUACGCAUCCGCACCAGAAAGUGAAUAGCUCCCAAAUCGAUCGUGUUUACUUUUUAUGUUUAUCUGAACGCUAGGCACUUGUAUUAGUUUGUGAGACAAUUGCUCAACUGUUCUGGGGACCAUAUCUUCGGAAUUCCGUGAGAGUUUUGCGAGGGCAGCCAUGAUUUUAACACAUUUGGGAUAUCUCUUGGUUCUACUUUGGAUUCGUGAGGUUACAGUUGAGAAAGGUUGUACUAAAGCUAUCGCGUUUACUUUGCAUGACAUAAUAAUGUGACACCAGCUCGUACAUUUUCUGAAUGCAAAACAUGUUUUCGGAAAACUAGGAUUUCCUUUCGAUUUCCCAAAACCCACGUGAAUAUACCCACUGUCAAUUUAAUAUUAUUUUCUGCUAAAAUUGAAGUAGCCUAUUAAUCUCAUGUAAAUGUUGAAUUGAAUAUUUUCGCAUGCUAAAUUUAACAUGGCAUAUCAUUAUUUGAUUUGAUUUUGAUUAGGCCUAAUUAAAAAGUAUGUUACUAGUUUUACUUGUUUGGCAUGAUACUUUGCCCCCGUGAAUCAUAUCGUUGUGUAAGCUAACAGUUUAUGGAUCACGCAUAGCUAAAAUAAAGCCUUUGGUUUUCUCGUAGUCAUACAUACAUUUUACAGAGCUCUUUUGUCAUUUCUUCAGUCCUUCCUCAGCCGCUCGACCUGUCAUUGACCUGGUAUAAUGAAUUUUGUGUAAAGCUGUCGUGGAAUGCACCAAGGGAUUUGGACGCGUCAUGCGAAGUGAAAUACAUGUUCGAUGUUACACGCAAUGGACGGCUCCUCGCAUCCGAAAGAAAGAUGAAGACAGAGUUUGAGAGAUGUCUUUCUCUGGAGGGAGAUGUACAUUUUUCAGUGCAAACCGAGUGCAACAAAAGUUCAAGAAGCCAACCUGUUGUUUACACCAUUGCUGCUCCAACAGAAUUGGUGAAGAACUUCUAUUGUUUCAUAAACUCUACUGUGGACAUGAACUGCAUGUGGAUUGCAGCUGAUCAGGCCCCAGAAAACCUUCACCUCUACUACAGCUAUGCCGAAACCAGGACAACUGUGAGUAACUUAUCAAGAUGCAGUGACUACCUACACAGAGAGGGUAAGAAGACAGGAUGUCACAUCAGAGGACAUUUUGGUGCACUUGUCUUCCUCCAGGUCAAUGGGACUGUCAACGGUUCAUCUUUAAGAAAUACCUUCGAGGUCAGUCCAUUAUAUAAUGUCAAGCCUGCAGCCCCUAUGGUUAACAUCACAAAGGAAGGGACGGAACUCAAUCUGAGCUGGGACUAUCCAGAAAUCGGUGCUACCUAUUGCUGGGAUUACAUCUUAAACUAUAGCAAGUGUAAAGAACAUCUGAAUAAGUUGAUAGAAUCGAAACAACCGAAGGCGAACAUACCGUAUGACCCAAGAUGCCAGUACAGAGUCCAGGUUAAAGCAGUAUAUUCCAAGGACUGUGGGCUGGGUGGGAGUGACUGGAGCAAAGUGGCAGUCUAUGGUGAGGAUGAGUGGUCAAAUAUUGUGAUUGCCAUCGCCAUUCCAUCCUCAGUCUUCUUAUUAGUCAUCCUGUUUUUUUGUUGUUUAAUGAAGCACAGAGAAAAAAUGUUUCCCAAGAUUCCACAGCCGUCAUUGAUUUUCAAGGACAUUCUGAACAGCAGUAAGGAACAGAAGACCUUCAUAGGGAAUCUCUAUGUCCCAGUUGAGGAGGAUGUGGAAUGUAAGAUCAGCCUGGAGAACAAGCCACCUCUUCCCAUAAUGCAGCCUGACUCCUGAGUGACGACACAUCCCGUAGUGAUAACUGUUGUACAGACAGCUACAGAUACUGUCUGACCAGGGAGACAUGUUACUUCAGUUUCAUUGACCCUGAAAGCAAGCUUUCUUAAGGUGGAACCAAACUGCACUGCUGAUGAGUGUCAGGAAUUGGGAUCCGCAAUCCAUGGACCACCUUAAUGAGUUAUAUACAGAAUGGACGGCAUUUCCUCUGGAACAGUCGUGAGGUGUUGACUGUCAGGACUAACUUACAGGCUCUUUGUGUUGGAAAUGAUGUUUGUGUGUGUGUCUGUAUGUUUGGAAAUAGACUGUUGGAAAAAUAACUCUUGAAACUCCUGCAUCCCAUGGCUUGAGUUCAAAGGAUAUCAGAAAGACAGUUCUGGUAACAAAGAGGGGCUGGUCUCAACCGUCACUCCCCAACAAAUUAUGUUUAUUGCUGGGCAGGACCCAGAAGAGGCUCCCCCGGCUUUAUCUCACCAGCCAUCCCAGUUGAACAUGUACUGAUUUAGGCGACAAAGGCAAAGAAAAGGUUAAACCAGUGAUCCUCUGUAUAUUGGGUGUCCUUUUGCCAUAAAUCCUUUGGCACAGGCUUUAGUAAAUUUUUAUACUGGUAGGCUAAAAUGACUUGAUGUUGAAAAUGGAGAGCGUCUGUGCACAUAAAAUGUGUAAAAUAGAUUAGAUAUUGUAUUUAUUUUUAUGAGUUCAAUCCAAAGUACGGUCACGUGUAUUUUGAGUUGUGUGGGUCAAGGAAAUAUAUUGUACAAACCACUGGUAAAA